GAUGUGCAGAAGCAGAAUAACGAGGCUCCAUGGAUUCCUCACAAACCUUGUUCCUUCUCCUUCCACCAAACGCAUGCAUUCCCUUCGUCAACAUCGACAUCAACCCAAACAAAACAACAAACCUAUUACUCCAUUUCGCAGCAGCAACAAUAACAUGAAGAAACCAGUGAAAUUGAAGGAGAAGAAGAAGAAGAAGAAUAACAAUUCGUCUUCUCCUAGAGAGUUUAUGAGGAACGUAAUUGGGAAAAUUUACAAAACGCUAAAGUUUUCAACUUGGGAAUCCGCUGAACAAGAGCUUAAUAAUCUCCCCGUAAAAUGGGACUCUUACACGGUGAACCAGGUUCUCAAAUCCCACCCUCCAAUGGAGAAAGCGUGGUUGUUCUUCAAUUGGGCUUCUGGGCUUAGAGGUUUCAAACAUGACCAAUACACUUACACUACAAUGCUCGAUAUUUUUGGAGAGGCUGGGAGAAUUUCUUCCAUGAAACACGUUUUCCACCAAAUGCAAGAGAAAGGGAUCAAGGUUGAUUCUGUGACCUACACUUCCAUGAUGCAUUGGCUUUCGAGUUCAGGGAAUGUGGAUGAGGCUGUGGAAAUGUGGGAACAAAUGAAGUCCAAGGGAUAUUACCCAACCGUUGUUUCUUACACUGCUUAUAUAAAGAUUCUGUUUGAUAAUCAAAGAGUGAAAGAGGCUACUGAUGUUUACAAGGAGAUGCUUCGAUCUGGCGUUGCUCCAAAUUGCCACACUUACACUAUUCUAAUGGAGUAUCUUAUUGGGUCUGGAAAAUGUAAAGAAGCCCUUGAGAUAUUUGAAAAGAUGCAAGAAGCUGGAGUGCAACCUGAUAAAGCUGCUUGCAAUAUUUUGAUUGAGAGGUGUUCUAAAGUUGGUGGGACUAUGUUCAUGACUCAAAUCCUUCAGUAUAUGAAAGAAAACCAUCUUGUUCUUCGUUACCCUGUUUUUGUGGAAGCAUUAGAAGCUUUAAAAAUUGUUGGGGAGAGUGAUACCCUUCUAAGGAAAGUCAAUCCUCAAUUUUAUAUGGACUGUAGCAUAAGGAAAAAGUCAAAUGAUAGUGUCACAGUUGCAGCAGAUUCUCCUCCUAAUAUAGAUAAAGAGCUUCUAUUUGUUCUCUUGAAAAAUAAAAAUGUUAUUGCUAUUGACCGUUUGCUUGAAGGGAUGAUGGAUAAGAAAAUAUCUUUAGAUUGUCAGGAUGUCUCAACCAUUAUUGAGGUAAAUUGUAGUAAUUGUCGACCCAAAGGUGCUUUGAUGGCUUUCCAGUACAGUGUGACAAUGGGAAUAAAUAUUGAGAGAGCAGGAUAUCUGUCCUUAUUAGGCUUGCUGAUUAGAUCAAACAUGUUUCCAAAACUAGUGGAAAUUGUCAAGGAAAUGACUAGAGCUGGGCAUUCUCUUGGAAUCUAUCUGGCUUCACUUUUGAUCUAUAGGCUUGGUUGUGCUAGGCAGCAAACUUUUGCCACGAAGAUUUUCAACCUAUUACCUGAUAACCUUAAAUGCACUGCCACCUAUACUGCUUUAAUUAGUGUUUACUUCUCCGUUAGAAGAGUUAAAAAGGCACUUGAACUUUACAAAAUCAUGUGCAGCAAAGGAUUUUGUCCUGUGUUAGGUACUUAUAAUGUACUAGUAGCUGGUUUGGAGAGAAAUGGUAGAUAUGCUGAAGCAGAACUUUAUAGGAGAGCAAAGAAGAACCUACAUGCUAAUAGUACUUCGCAGGAAAGUGUUGGCACAGAAGGAAAGAUUUGUGACCUUCUGUUUGCUGUGGAUGUAAUACUUUGAUUUGAUAUCAUUGGGAGUUUUGAUUGUUUAUUCAAGCCGAGGGCAUGUUGUGUAGUUGCUACUGGAGAGUGGAGAUAGGCUGGUUAAGCUGCAUGGCACCUGCUGAUUGUCUGCAAGAAAGAAUGGAUAUUUUGAUCCAAGAUCUAGUUCAUUAGAAAUGCCAACACUGUUGCGAAUCAUCUAUAUGUAUAUGCAAAUCUUGCAAACAAUGCUAUAAAUAUGAAACGAAUGAACUCCAGCACUAUGUUCUUCAAGGCAACCGCCAACCAUAUGAUGCAUAAAACAAGAACUUUGUGAAGUGUGUUCACACGCAGAUGGUCAUAAUCUUGUUGAACUACUCAAAGAUGGCCAGGAUUGGUGAUUGAGAAUGUGGGAUGACACCUAUAGACACAUACUGAAAUGUCCCUAUAUUAAGCAUAAUUGUUCUCUAAGACUGGAACGAUCUCUUCUCCUUCUUAAUCAUCUUUGGUGAUUUGGACACGGUCUAAUUCAAUGGGAAAUUUUUUGCUACGCUGGUGUCAAUUACAUGGCUGAGCAAGAUCGAAGUCUCAAAGUCCCCUUGAACUUUUCAUGGGAAAAUUAGGAUUUAUCUUUCUGACAUAGGUAAAAAUGUAGCGUGGUAUAGUUCUCUUUACCCACAUUGUCUUGGCGUGUCUGUAUGAUACUUAAAUGGUAUAUUUGGGUUCACAUUUGAAUUGGCAUAAAUCCAUGUUUAC